CCUUAUCUUUAACCCUAAUUUAUUUCAUUUGUUGCUGUGAUUCACUUAAAUGUAUUCUUUGGAUCACCUUUUUUUCCUUUUUCUUAUGUUCCUUAAUGCUUAGAGAUUUUUGGCUCUCUCCUUCCGACAUCGUGGUAUGCACAGUGAACUCCAUUCCUCACCAUGUCUUCUCACAAGACUUUCAGGAUCAAGCGAUUCCUCGCCAAGAAACAAAAGCAAAAUCGUCCCAUUCCCCAGUGGGUUCAGAUGAAAACUGGUAACAAAAUCAGGUACAACUCCAAGAGGAGACACUGGAGACGAACCAAGCUGGGCCUUUAAAGAAUUGCAUUUAAGAUAGCUUCAUCAGGGCCAUUGUCACCUUGCCAUAUGAAGCUGAAAAUGUUACUUAUGUCUGAAUAAUGGGGCGUGUUUAGUGGGAAUAUGAUUUUUUUGCUUUGUUUCUGGUCUCUGCACUAAUAAUUAAUAAUAAAUUUUGAAAAACCAUUUUGUUUGAAAAUAAAAGGAUUGUUUUGGAUGUAUUCCAGAAUUUAACAAGUG